AUGAUGAAUAAUCCAUCAAUUACAUUUUUCAACACAACAUUAAGGCGCUCAAGCAGAAUUCCAUCAAAGCAUAUAGUAAAAUUAGUAAAAAUACGUGAGAAUUUCCCUGUCAAUCCGAAUAAUUUAAUUAUCGACAAAUUAACACCUCAUAAAUACCCUUCAGGAGAUAAAUUGAAGUUCCAAACGCAUGAUAAAGUAGUCAACUACGCUCAAAAACUAUCAACAUCAUAUGCAAUUUUGCAAAAUUUAUACAUAAAUUCAUGGAGUUUGUUCUCUAAUGGUGAACAUGUUUAUGUUAUGGAAGGAUAUAGAGCAUUUCGUUACAUUUAUACGCAAUACAAUCAUACUCUCAUCGGAAAAUAUGAUUCUGUGAUUGCAAUUGGCGAUCGCUAUGCAGAAGAAUAUGGGCAUUUCUUUGUUGACGUAUUAGCACCAUUGAUGUGCAUUCCUCGUGAAGUUUGGCCCCACUCUCACAUAGUAGUUAAAGAGAAUUUGUCUUAUUGUACGGAUCUACUAAAUGCUCUUAAUUUUACCAACGAUAGAAUAAUCCAUCUCAAAGAUGGCGAAUGGAUAUUUGCGAAAACCAUCCAUACAACGCUGUAUCCUUCAUCUUAUUUCCGACAUCCAGCAACAGCUCAUGCAAAUCUCUCCAUAUUACUUAAACAGGCUUACGGUGUUGAACAUGCAAAGCCAACAAGAUAUGUAUUGAUGAAUCGCGACAAAAGCUUGAAAAGAAGAAGAUUAGCAAAUUUGGACGAAGUUAAAGAAAUUGUCCAAAAAUUAUAUCCAACCAUAGUUUGGGAAGAUCUAAGUGAUUUCUAUCCAACAAUUAAGGCUGCAGCUAGAUCUUUUUCAACAAUUAAAUUGUUGUUCGGAAUUACUGGUUCAAAUCUUGUUCGUGCUGUUUUUAUGCAGCCAAAAUCAGUACUAGUGAUUGCUCAGCUCAAUUUCAACGACUACAACAUGAUGGCGAUUUCCUUAGUAAAUGAUUUGAUGUAUUUCGCAUUCAGCACUAAAGGAUACGGGCACUACACUGAAAAGCCUGUUUACUUGGUCAUUGAUGAUGCAUUGAGAGCAAUAAAGAUCGGAAUUUAUGCAGCACAGAAUGGAGAGUUUCCUAAGAAUUCUACAGAGUAUCACUACAUUCCAUAA